AUGAGACAACAUCAACAAUAUCAUCGAAAGCAACAUUCAACUAGAUCAAAUACAAAUGAUUAUGAUACAAAUUCAGUUGGUAUAGAUGAUGAGCAAUUUUCACCAAGUAUAGCUUAUCGAAUGGCAAAUAUGAAUAUAGAUUCUGUGAUUGAUUAUUUAAGUGAUGAUGAAUCUGAUUCAGAAAUGCCUAAUGGAUGUAAUUUAAAUAUAUCAAAUCCAGUUCGACAAGUAAUUUGUCAAAUGCUUGACAAUUACAUGAAUGAAAAUAAAACAAAUGCUGAAAUUGAGUUUCCAUCAUCAUUAUUUUGUCAUGAAAGAAUAUUUGUUCGUCAACAAGCUCAACAACGGAAUCUUAUUUGUAGAACAUUAGGACGUGGUGCAUCACGUAUAAUUGCUGUUUCAAAAGUAUCCAAUGAAUUAAUUUCAAAUGAAACAAAUAAUUCAACUAAAAAAAUAACAUUUUCAUUAAAUAAUUCACAAUUAAUGAAUGAUGUUAAUCUUUAUUUACAAUCAUGUCCGAUUUCAGCUGAAGAUAAUGAUUUACUUCAAGCUAAAAUACAAAAAACUCCAAGUUCUCUUAACGAUUGGUUUUAUUGUACAUUAUUACGUUCGGGUAAUCCACUUUGUAAAUUAUCAGAUAUAAAACCACAAAUACCUGAUCAAAGAUUUCUUUCUCAUGAAUAUUCUAAUCAAUUAUUACCAAUUGAUAAAACUGCAACACGAGAUAAUCUACUUCAUCUCGUCGAAAAUAAUAAAAUGAUUUUCCUAAGUGGACCACCAGCAAUUGGAAAAUCAAUUCGAGUUUAUCAAUAUUUAAAUGAUGAUCAUUUCGAUAAACAAUGGCCUAUUCGUAUUUUACAUAGUUGCACCAAUAAUCUUUCGGCAUAUGUUUUAUCAACAUCAAACAAAUCAAUCGAUUGUUUUACAUUUGAUAAUAUGGCUUUAACUACUAACGUAACAUCAUUGAUUACAAUAACAACACAUGAACUUCUUUUACAUACAUUAAUAAGUGGAGAUUAUUUAUUAAAAUCAUCUAUAACACAUUUAAUUAUUGAUGAUGUACAUAAACGAUCACAUACAUUGGAUAUGUUAUUAGCAUAUUUAAAAGAUACAUUACAUAAAUUUCGACAUUUAAAAAUAAUUCUUCUACAAACAACAAUACAAUAUGAUACAUUAGUAAAAUAUUUUGGAAAUGUUGCAACAUAUACAAUUGAUAUGAAUGAAAUAGCUAAUCAGAAAAUUGAAGAAAUAUUUCUUGAUCAAAUUUUAAUUGAUAUUCAACGAAUGGAUCAAAAUAAAUGUUUAUCAAUCAUUAAUUUUGGAAUACAAUUAUUAGAUUAUUGGUGUCAUUCAGCAGAACAAUCAUCUGUUCAACAUAAAAUAUCAUCAUCAAUUAUUUGUGAACCAUGUCAAAAUAUUUAUUCAUUAUUAGAACAAAAUAUGACAACAAUUGAAAAAUAUUUGAAUAAUUUAAUUGGACGAUGUUUUAUUAAUGGUUUAAUUGAAGAUUUUAAAUCAUUAAUCAAUUUUAUUACUCAAUAUCCAGAUAAAUGUAAUCAUCAACAUCCAUUAACACUUGUAACACCAUUAAUGUGUAUAUCAAUGUGGAGUAUAAAACCUUUAAUUGAACAUUUAUUAUCAAUAGAUAGUUUAUUAUUUAAUCUUCGUGCUGUAAAUAAUUUUUCUGCUAUUGAUUUUGCCCGGAAAUAUGCAACUAAUGAAAUAACUGAUUUACUUGAAUCAUCUAUAACACAUGAUUCGCUUCUAUUGGAACAAUUAUUAAGUUUAACAAAUAAUAAUUCAAAUAUAACGCCAACAAUCGCAGUUAUGAAAUAUUAUUUACAAACACGAAAAUGUAAUGAUCUUAUCGAUUAUCAAUUGAUUUUAUCAGUUGUAAAAUAUAUAUGUCAAAUACAAUCAGGUCAUAUUUUGGUAUAUUUACCUGGAUUAGAUGAGAUAUAUGUAAUGAAUGAUUUAUUAUUAAUAUCAAAUAUUUCAAAUGAAUUCAAAAUAGAUAUUCAUAUGAUUUUAAAUUCAUCGUCAUGGUCAUUGAUAAAUAAUAAUAGUUCACGAUUAUUAAUUCUUUGUGAUGCUAAUUGUGAAACAGGUAUACCAUUUCGUAAUAUAACUUGUGUUAUUGAUACAGGCAUAACUCUCGAGAAAUGUUAUCAUACAACAACAUCAAAAUUUUUACCGAAAUACAAUUGGAUAAGUCAAACAAGUGCUACCGAAAGAAAAUAUCGAGUUAAUAUAGAAGAAGGUGGUAUUUGUUAUCGACUUUAUUCUCAUUUUUUAUUUGAUGAAAAAAUUAAUGAUAAUAUCAAUUCAGAAAUGGCUCGACAACCUUUACUUGAAAAUAUUAUGCAAGCGAAAUUAUUUGCUUGGACAAAUUGUUCUGUUGCAGAAUUUAUGUUAAAAUUGCCAUUUCCGCCACCAUUUGCUAUUGUUCGAGCUGGAAUUUCUCAAUUAAAAAAUCUUGAAUUAUUCGAUAAAUGGGAAGAUCUUGUAGAUUUAGGUGCUUAUUGUUUAGCAUUACCAGUAGUAGAAUUACCAUAUGCAAUGAUGAUUGUUUAUGCUCAUCUUUUUAAAUGUCUUCAACCAAUAUUAAUUAUUAUAUCAACAUUAAUUAUGGGUGAUCCAUUUCAAUCAAUAUCAAAUCAAAGAGAUGUAUUAAAAUUAAAACAACGUUUAUCAUCAAACAAAAACUCUGAUCAUUUUAUUUUUUAUCAAUUAUAUCAACAAUGGGAGCAAUCAAUUGAUAAAAAGCAAUUUUAUAUCGAUUGGAAAAUAAAAUAUUUUCGAAUGAAACAAAUCGAUCAAUUUAAAAAAUGGUUAAUUAAUUUUUUAAUAAAUAUAAAUUUUUCAAAAUUCUUCUAUUCAAAUAAUGAAGAGCAUAUUAAUUUAAAUGAGAAUGCAUCAUGUUGGCCACUUAUUCAAGCAAUUCUUGUUCGUUGUUUACCACAGAAUUUAAUUACGCAUGAUCAAAAAUGGUUAACGAAUCGGAAUGAAUUAGUUAGUCUUGAUCGAAUAUCUAUAUUAAAUAAUAUUCCAUGGAAUGAACACGAUCAAAUUUAUUUUGCUAUCUGUGAUGAUUUAAUACGUUCAAAUAAAGGUUUAUUUGUCAGUAAAUCUUGUACAAUAAUUGAACAAAUUGUAUUAUUAUUUUUUGGAACAAUAAAUGAUACAUUGAAAUUGAAUGAUUAUGAAAUUAUUUUAACAGAUAAUAAUUUAUAUAAAUUGCGAACAAAAUUAAAUGCUUGUAUACGAAGAAAAUUACAGUCGCUUGGUUGUGAUAAUGAUACAACAAAUGAUUAUCAUUCAUUUAAUUUAUUAGUCAAGAUUUUUUCAAAUAUAUAA